AUGACUGAAGUCAACGAUGAAGACUAUCCCGAGGAGCUAGAUCUCUCGCAUACCACCGAGGAGAAUGAGGGAAUCGUUGGUUCCGUCCCGUCGGACGAAAUGCAUUUUAUUGGAGCGCCGCCGGGAAGUGAUUCAGAAGUCGAUGAUGAAUACCUUCAAUAUCAGCGCGAUCCGUACAGUGAUUAUUCCUCGAGCGAUAAUGAGUUCGAUUGUGACGACUACUUGAAGAAAAUGUCCCGAGAGAUGCCAGAUUUAACUAAUGAUCUGAUUGUCAGUGGGUCGGAUAAUACGCGUCUCCAAGAACUUCAAGAUUUAGGCGACCCGGUGGAGUUUCUAAAGGUCUUCUUGACAGCUUCAAUGAUGGGUCAACCACUAAAAGUGAAAGAUGGUUUCGAUCCGGAAGACUUGGACAAAUGUUGUUCCGAAUUAAUGGGAAUCACUCUGACCGGUGUCGCCAGUGUCUUGCUCGGCGCUGAAUUGCAGAAUAUUCCGAAUCGAUCGAAGACUGAAAUGGCGUUCGCAUUGGCAAACCGCGGAUGGUUGCGAGCAGUUAAUUCAAAGUUUUAUCCAGUUAUUCCGGAAACUGAGAAUGAUUUUGUUCUUUCCUUGAUCGAAGGAGCUGAGAGACUGCAACAUUUGGAUGAAAACAAGAAGCGAGAAGCAGAACAUUACCCAUCCGCGGAGAAAGAAGUAAAUGCUCUCAUAUCAUUUAAUAUGAUUGUUGAGCUUAUGAAUGCUGUUCGUGAAGAAUAUCGCAUCAUGCUACUUCCUUAUCAAACUCUCAGCAAUGGUUAUCUGGAUAUGGUGACUGGCAAAAAAUACCCCGAAAUUCACAAGAAAUACUUUAAUAAACUCAAUCUUGACGAGACAAAAGUAUGGAAUUCGGAAUGGUUUAACGCGUUCACAGGACGAUCGACACUUAAAAAGUUCGUGCAAAUGGCUAGAUUCGCCGAAAUCGUCGUGGUUGAGAAUCCAACAUCUCAGUUUUGUUUCAGAGCUGAUAGCGAGAAUCGGCCCGUAAGAAUGUUCACCGCCAAUGAUAUUAAAGACGUCGAAGAGAAAUGGUCGUCUGGAAACGAGAAAAACAAAAAUUUCGGAAGAAAUUACGGAGGCCAGGGUCAGCGAGGAUUGCCGCGUGGAGCUUCACAGCAGCCGAAACGAAAAAUUGAACAAGAUCCCAACUAUCGAUCUAGCACGUUUGCCGGUGGGAUAAACGACGAUGAUGACGAUGGAUCAUUGAUGCCCUCUACAUCAGCACGUGAAAAUCAGGCCGGUCCAUCCUCCAGCACCCAACCGGAAUAUGGUCGACGGUCUCCGUCUCCAACUGCUCGUAAUCAACGCGCUCGUAGUCCAAGUCAAGAAAGCCGCAACUCAAAUACGGUGCCUCAGUCAUCCUACAGACCAAUUGAUCCAUUCGCAGGUGCUAUGGUUCAGCCGAUAUCCGCGGGUGUCAAUGGUAACAGAAACGCUCAAGGUGGGUACGAAACACGCCGACUCCAAACGUUCGGUGCGUCGUCGUCGGAGAGUGACGAGGUGUCCGAAGGAUGUUACUCAGACGACGAUCCCGAAGAUCAGAAGAGGAAAACGAUAGAGAGAAACGAGAAAAGAUUGAGAAAAGAAGCAAGGGAGAUGGAGCGAAGAAAAAAGCAUAAAGCUGAAGUGCAUGUGCCGCCCGUUACCCGCUUCCAAACGAAUCCAUUCUACAAACAUAAAUCUGCAAGAGCUCCUGAACCCUCGAACCCGCGUGCAUCUACUGCAGUGGAACAAGAAGAACGAGAAGAGUCGGUUGUUGCUCCAAGACAAUCUCCAUUCGAUGCUCCAUCGGCUCUCGCACCAGCUCCCGCUACCGCUCCCGCCGCGCCAUCCCCCGUCCCACAACCCUUGAAUGCCGAUGCUCAAGUAAAUGCAGAGGAAGUCUUUCUCCCGCCACCACCGGCGACAGUCGCCGCCAAUACGCUCCCACUCAUCGUAUCCUCAUCUACCCAUGACCAAGAUCGCUGUCCAGCUCAAAUGCCAUAUAAACCAGCAGAAGGUGUUUUGGAAAGAAAUAAACAGGAAGAAGCGGAUAGAUUGCGACGUGAACAACUCUCCGAAAUGCGCAUGAGAAGUGGUUUUAAUCAAGUUCCCGCCUCACAUCCAUGGAUGUCCGCAUCCUCGAAUCCAGGACCGUCUCAACCACAAGCAUAUGAAGAGCCAGCGCCAACCAAGGGAUUCGGUAAUAUUCUCCCGCCGACGGUCCAAAGAAGUGUCCCGCAACCGCCUCCACAGCAGGCUCCACAAAUGCAGCAACAACAACAAGAACCUAUUUACAGUACACCAUUCGUAGAAACUUAUCAAGGAAGAAAUCGUCAAGGAAUGGCUCCUCAGAAUUACGCUCAACCCGCUCCUCAGAACCACGCUCAACCCGCUCCUCAGAACCACGCUCAACCCGCUCCUCAGAACUACGCUCAAUCCGCUCCGUCCCAACAGCAAUACCCGCAGCAUCAGAAUCUCGUGCAACAAAACCCGCCGUUGUUCCCAGAUCAUUCAGCUUCCCAGCCUCAAUACCAGCCGAUGCAACAACAAUAUCAGCAGCCGCUUCCACAAAAUCCGUAUCCGAUUGGAUCCCAGUCAUCAUCAACAUUGCCACAACAACAACCGUACCAGCAUCAGAACCAAGAUUCCUACCGACCAACUAGUCGUAUUUCUAAUCAUGCCAACCCGCAACAUAUGGAUAACCAGUACUCCAGUAUGAGAGAUGCUAUGAGACCUCCGGUACCUCGCAACGAUAUGAAUUAUGAUUCAAUCCCAUCGAAUAGUCUUCAUCAAAUCCCGCCGAUGAAUCAGCCUCAAUAUUCAAGCCAGCAACGACAGUAUAACGAUGUUUACCCGCCGGUUAAUCCAUACAAUAAUCGUGUUCCCUCUACGGAUUUCAAUGACCGCCGGAAUAGGAACGAGCAAUGGCAUCAAGUACAGCCAGGAAGCUACGAUCCAUAUGGGCGGUCUCAGAAUCCUGGACCCGGAAGCAGUUAUUACCCGCGGGGAGAAGAAAAUUGCGCAUCAUUUUUCGGUCGUCUUCGAAAGGCGGCGGCCGCUAGCGGAGGAGGAGAAUCAGAGGAGGUCAAGCAAAUCAAAAUCGAAAUUCAGAGAAUUGUAUUCGACUAUGCGAGCGAGAACCGAGAGUUGACAUUAUCCGAACUAAAAGCCAAUCUCGUACGGAAAAUGCGGCAUCUCCAGUUCUUCGAUGUUCACGAGUUUAUUCAAACUUACCUGAGAAAUCAAGUCGUUAUCGUGAAUAAUGGACCUUAUGGACCAGUCGUCCGACCGACCUAA